UAACGUGGACAAGAUGGAUGUUCGUGUUACCAGUGGUGUGACUGUUGCCCCACCUGCACAGCUGGCAGACAGAAGAAAAUCACAAGAGUUGGAGAUCUGUAAGAUGAGGCUAGAGUGGCAAAAGGAUAAGAUUGAUGAGCUCACCAAAGAAAGAGACUAUCUAAAGGAGCAAUUAGCAGCAUCUCUCUCAAAGGAACCCACAAGUUCUGUCCAGGAUUCCAGUGAGGUAUUGAGCAUAUCUUCACCGUCCUCUGAUGGGUCUUUUGAUGAGAGUUCUAACUCCUCCAUGAGCAUAACUUCAUCAGAUGAAGACAGGAAGAAGAAGAAGAAGGGCAAAGCAAAAAAGCACAAGAAGUCAAAGAAACAUGACCAAAAACAAAGAACAAGAGUCCAGAAUCCUAAGCAAGUGGUCACCCGGUAUAACAAGAUUUUGAGGCUGUUCAAAAGAGGAGGCACCAUGUCUGCUGCCUUUAAACGUCUGGGAGUGGACCGGAACACGAUUGUGGCAACUGCUCCAAUUGCUGAGCUAUUCAUUGUUGCACCUGAGAGGUAUAAGGAAUUAGAAAAAAACAAGCAGGGACAGAAACUUUCAUUGUUUGCUACACAGUGUGCUGCAGCAAUCAGUGCAGAUCCAGAAACAGAGGAAAAAUUCAAAGCGUAUAAGUCUUCAGGGAAGUUGCUUCCUCUUAAAACAAAGAAAGAUUAGAUCUUUGUUUUUUUUACAUGGUGAAAUGUGGUGAGAGUCCACCAUUGUUAACAGCUUAAAAAAAUACAAGUUAUGUAUUCUGGUUGAUUGGUCAAUUGUUUGUUUAAA